CUGUCCGUGUGCGUCACGUGACUUCUCGUUCAGACUGAAUAGGGAAGUGAAAUAGAAGACGCCCCCCGUGAGUACUACAUGUAUGACGUAACGUUACAGGUAAACCUCACAGUUCACGUUCCCUUUCCUGUCGCCGGCAACAGAAGGUAUUGUUGUCCUGCUCACCUGAGAGUCACGACGUCCCCAUUCCAGACAGACUGACGAUAGCCUUGAAAAGCAGCCAUGGCAGCAGCACACCUCCUGACAGCAGUCCUGCUGGCAGUCACCGCCAUACAAGCCGUCCCAGUGCCUGAAGCGUGGCUAGAUGCUGAUUCGUUCCUCUCAAUCUUCGCCUUCAAGGGGCCUGUGCGCUGGUCUAACUGUGGCGACCCUGCCACUCAGAGCUUCAACGGAACGGUCACCCCAAACCCACCAGUCAGAGGACAGAAAGUCGCGGGCUCCAUCAGCUUUGUACCAGACGCAGAUCUGAUCCGCGGAAAGAUCAUUCUGAAUGUGUGGUAUAACGGAUCCCCUGCGAUCCAGGUACCUUUCCCGAUCUGCACACCUGGCGCCAAGGCACCGGAAUACUGUCCGAUGAAGAAAGGGGUGAAGGUGUCCGCUGCCAACACUGUCGCUGUGCCGAACUACCUGAAGCCGGGACACUACAAUGGCACCGCCAUCUUGCUGAAUCAGGACAACCAUCAGAUUCUGUGUGUUCAGGCUGAGGGAGACCUGGCCUAGCACCAAGGGAGCCAGCCCUCAUGUCUCUAUUGCUCUUGGGUUAUUUGGGAAUUGCAGGAACAUUCCCUAUUCAGGAGAGCUAGAGUAAACGUUUAAGAAGCUUACAAGCUUCUAGAAUAAACUGCUAGAAUAAAGUAUUCAUUAUUAUCACA